AGUGUUACUGCAAGAUAUAAGCAAACAAAAGGUGCGUGUACACCCACGAAAACAGGAUUCCAUUUAGUAAUCUGCCCAGUAUCAUCGGUCAUCAUCAUUAUCAACAAACGAGAGCAAAGGUGAUAUACCGACCAAUCUUCUCCAAUUGCUGAGCCCGAACAAUUUACCAACCAGUCACCAAGGCUAUAAAAGGCGGAGACUGCGCCAACUACGGACAUAUUCCCACAACUCACUUGCCUGUCGGUCAGACGAGCUUUCACCAACAACAAUGAUUUUCAUUCAAUUUUUCGCCUUCAUCGCAGUCUUGUGCUUCGUGCCAGCCACUAUAGCAGCUAGUUGUCAGGAGGAGCUGGACAGUCGUCGACAGAAUUAUGCCAUUGGGGGGUUUCUGCCUCGGUGUGAUGCUGGAAACACUGCCCUGUACUCACCUCUUCAGUGUCAUGGAAGCGUGUGCUAUUGCGUGUCGUCUGACGGAACGAGGCUGAGCGACUACAGCAACAUCCCCAUCGGUACACCUGGCAACUGCGAGUGCGCGCGCGAGGAAGAUGAAUUUAGGAAGACUGGAAUGAGGGGCCAGAUAUUUAACUGUGCUCCUGACGGCACCUACAGCCCCACCCGCUGUACUGGGUCCAGAUGUUUCUGUGUGAACCGGGACGGGACCAGAAUGCAGGAAUAUCUAGAAGCAAAUAUCUGGGAAGCUUCAGAAUGUGAAUGUGCCAGAGCCAAAGCUGAUUAUGCGGAGCGAAGAAUCCGAGGCUUGAGAUUCAACUGCGAGAGAGAUGGUAGCUACGGUGCAAAACAGUGCACAGGCUCCACGUGCCGGUGUGUAAAAAGAAACGGAAACCCGAUACCAGAGUUCCAAAGUUUCCACAUCGCACAUUCCUCUGACUGUGGUUGCGCACGUGCGAAAGAGGACGCCAGCAGAAGUGGGGUUAAAGGUCAGCCAAACCUUAGCUGUGCACAGGACGGCAGCUUCAUCCAGUGAGCCACUGCCAACACCUCGACAAUCUUCAACAUGUCGAGUUACCUUCAGCAUCCUUCAAGCCUCACCUUGUAGCAAGCCACGAUCGACUUGUCCAUCCUCUUUAUCGCUCCAUUUCAUCGUCGGAUCUGUCGUUCUACUCAGGAUGUCGUUCCGUUAGCUUUAAUAUGCGUUUUUUACAGUUCCUCUCCCACAGUGAUUAGGAGCAAUAAAUUUCUGAUACCCAACAA